AUGGAAAAGGAAUCAAUAUACAACUUGGCGCUAAAAUGUGCUGAUCGGCAAUUGACCUCCAUGGAAUUUUCAAACCUUUACAAAGAAUUCUUUAACGAAAAGUUCCCAUCAUUGAUUCAAGAGGAAGAAGAUGCUGCAGCCACUUCUGCUGUAUUAAAUGAUGCUAAGAAAGAGUCCCCCUUGUCGGAUCCAUCUGACAGAAACACAGCAGUAACAGCAGCAGAUACCACACAUCUGAACGAAGCUCUAAAUGUUGUUUGUUCUGAUUUUGUCAAUAUACUAAAUCUGGAGAAACCUCUUAUCUUGGCAGAUUAUAUCGUUGAAGUGUUGCUUGUGAAUUAUAAUUCAGAUAUGAUAAAAUGCUUUUUGCCCAAAUUAAAUUCCGUCAACAACUCGUUGUUGUUGGUCCAUUUCUUUUCCAAAGCCUGUUCAUUCUUUGCUAAAUUAUCGGACACUUUGGUAAUUGAUCAAGUACGUAAGGAUUUAGGUAAUGUCAUAGUACCGAAUAUUUUAAGCCUAGACAUGAAUUCUAUGAAUAAAGAACUAGUUGCCAUAAUAUCGAAGCUUUUGCAAACCAUUUUGAAACUUUCUCCUUCACCAAUUCUCUUAACUUCUGUCAACUGCAAGAAUGGAUCUUUUACCCUUUUAAAUCAGCUGUCACAGACCAACAAGUUGCUUUUUAGAAAAGUUUCGCAGACUUUUGAAGCUAAGUUACAUUUCAAGGAUGCUAAGCCAUUUUUAAACAAAGAUUCUACCAAUGAAUUUGUAGGUUCUCCUUCAUUAGCCUCUCCUCAAUAUAUUCCGAGUCCACUUUCCUCAAUCAAACCUCCAGGAUCUGUGAAUUCUGCUGCCAAAUAUAAAGACAUGAAGCUUCUUCGUUAUUAUAAAAACAUUUGGCUGAACAAUAAAAUCAUUAAUUGGGAAGUAUCAAAUUCAGAUUUUUUAUCAAAAUAUUCCACAAUUAGUUCUUCCAUCUUUCAAGAAGGGUUCAACUCGGUCCAAAACCUGGACCAGUUACUCACAGACUUGAUUGAAACAUCUUUUACUUGUUUUGCCCAAUUUGUUAGCAAUAAACAAUACCAUCAGGCAAAUUCUAAUUUGACGUUACUGGAAAGAAAAUGGGUCAUUUUUAUAACCAAACAUUUACCGUUACUGAUUUUUGAGAACUCUUCUAGAAACCCUUGUGUAGUGACAUGUGCGCUAGAUAAUAUUGACGAGAAAGUCAUUAAAGCAAUAAGAAUUUAUUUUACUGAAAAGGAUGACAUUAAAUCUACUAAUGAAGAUUUAUUUGACGAUUAUCCUUCUACAAGUUUAGAUAUUAGACAUGAUUUCAUCAAAAGUUUGAUCAUGCUGAAUUUACAGCCAGCUUCAGUUAUCAAUAAUUAUUUGAGGGAAGACCAAAUGAUUGAUACCAGUAUUUUACCGACAAGUGAUGACUUAGUUAUUCGCAAUUUACAAGGCAUUCAGGAGGUAGUCCAUAAUACCAACAGUUUCAUUAUUUCAUCUCUAGAUACUUUGGAGUUAGAAUCAAUAACCGAAUCAAUUACACAUGAUUCCAGUAAUGGCCUGUCUCAAGUACUGCACAAUUUUGAAUCUGUUGCACCCACCAAACAGCGUGAGAUAGUAAAGGCCAUUUUAUCUAUUUUUAAUGAUGCAAUAAAAGAAUUAAACUAUAAUAGAAUAACCAAAAUCUGUGCUUUGCUGUUUUUCAACUUUUCACAUUCAUUGACAGCAAUUCUUUCGUUUUCUCCACCAACCACACUAAUGGAAACUUUGAUAAGGUUCGUCGAUUCCUUUAAAAAUGACAGAAACUCCUCAAACAUCAAUGAUGAAAGUUCAGAAUAUGAAACAGUCAAUGUUUCUUUAUCAUUUUCUUGGGCAAUAUUACUGAUCAUCAACUUAGCACAAACAUAUGGAAUAUCCGUAGUGGAUGUAGCGCUCAAAUCUUCUGAUUUGUCCAUCAAGGGGUCCUUCAUAAUCAAUUUCCUUUCAAAUUUACCUAAUGUAUCGGAUAAGUACUAUUUGGAGGAGUCAAAUAUCAAUGACUCAGACAUGCUAACUAAGUCUCAUAAUACCGUUCAAAGCUGGCUUUGCGAUCUUUUUGUUAACGGGUCCAUAACAGAUCAAUUGAUUCAGAAUAUUGAAACAAGGCAAUUGGCUAACCUAAUUCCAUUUAUCGUCAAACAAGUACUGCUAUCAGUUGAAAUAGGCGCUUUAACUGACAUUUCAAGUUUAAUAGGUGGAUUUGAAUAUUUUUUACAACCCUUGUUACUAGUUGGGUUAAUAAAGACAUUCUAUUGGUUAGAACAAUUUCUUUCAUGUGUCAAAAACGACACAAUAUCUGAAAACAUUUUACAAGAGAUAUUUAACCUGUUAAAUACUCUUUUCAACCCAGUAACUCUUAACGAAGAUUCUAAAGCGUUCCAUACGGCCGUCUUGAGGUUAAAUGCAAUCCCAUUACUGAAAGUCCUUCGCAGGUUUAGGGUACAGAGUCAAUCAAAUUAUGGUAUCUAUUCUUCUGAUGCCCAAGGAGAUCCAAACCUAGAACCCUUGAUUGCAAAAUUAGUUUCAGUUCUAAAUGUAUCGCCCGUUUAUGACGUCGAUCCAAGGAUCAUCAAUUCAGAAAAUGAUUAUUCAAGAAAACAGUUAGGUUAUGGUAAAUUUCUAAUUUUGAACGAAAAUCCAGUCAACAAAAUAAUGACUAACCAAAUCAACUCAUUCUGGAGUCUUCAUAGUAGCACAUAUUACAAUUUAGAUUACUUGUUUGAAUUGAUUGAAUUGGUUACUCCAAAGAGCUUCCUUUUUGAUGUUUUGAAAACACUAGAGUAUAAAUUAACGACUUACGGGGUUCCUGGUUCAAAAAAUAAAAGGGGAUCAUUGGGAUCGGAGCAUGUUUUCGAUUAUUUUUUCUACUUCCUUGUAUUAUACGACGUGAAAACCGCAGAUGAAGCCACUCAAUUAAUAGAUUAUAUGGAAAAUGACUUAAAGAAAGCAACUGAGGAUGUUGACAUUAAGAGUGAGGAUUUACAUGAAAAAAAAGAAGCCAUUGAGGUGAAGCAAGAAAGCCAACCAAAGAAUGAAGCCCAGGACGACGAUUUCGAUAUGCUUUUUGGAGAAAAUGAUACAAGCACUCAAGCUUACGAAGAGGACGAAGAUAAUGAAAACAAUGAUGGCAAUAAUAAGACAAACAACAUACCGAUGACAACACUAGAAGAAAAUCAGUAUAAGAGUAAAAACAUAUAUGUUUUGAAGAGAAAUUCCUUUGCAGUACUUCUUCAUGAAAGAAAACUGUUAACCGAUUCAGCCUUGAAAAAUGGUGAGAUAACCAAGAAAGAACACGACAAGUUCAUCAUAUAUCAUGAUAAAUACUUAUGCAUGCUGAAGACGUGCGUCUUUUGA